AUGAACAACAAAACUGUAAUCACCCAGUUCCUCCUCCUGGGCCUGCCCAUUCCCCCAGAGCACCGGCACCUGUUCUAUGCCUUGUUCCUGGCCAUGUACCUCACCACUGUUCUGGGAAACCUGCUAAUCAUUAUUCUUGUUCGGCUGGACUCCCAUCUCCACACACCAAUGUACUUGUUUCUCAGCAACUUGUCCUUUGCUGAUCUCUGCUUUUCCUCUGUCACAAUGCCCAAAUUACUGCAGAACAUGCAGAGCCAGGACACAUCUAUUCCCUAUGUAGGCUGCCUGACACAAAUAUUCUUCUUUCUGAUGUUUGGAUACCUUGGGAGCUUUAUUCUUGUGGCCAUGGCCUAUGACCGCUAUGUGGCCAUCUGCUUCCCUCUUCAGUACACUAGAAUCAUGAGUCCCAAGCUCUGUACUUGUCUAGUGCUGCUAUUUUGGAUACUGACAUCAUCUCAUGCCAUGAUGCACACCCUGCUUGCAGCAAGACUGUCUUUUUGUGAGAACAAUGUGAUCGUCAACUUUUUCUGUGACCUGUUUGCUCUCCUAAAGUUGGCGUGCUCAGACACUUAUGUUAAUGAGUUGAUAAUAUUUAUCAUGGGAGGGCUUGUCGUUAUUAUUCCAUUCAUCCUCAUUGUUAUAUCCUAUGCAAGUAUUAUUUCCUCCAUUCUUAAGGUUCCAUCGACCCAAGGCAUCUACAAAGUGUUCUCUACCUGUGGUUCCCAUUUAUCUGUGGUAUCUUUGUUCUAUGGGACAGUUAUUGGUCUCUACUUAUGUCCAUCAGGCAAUAAUUUCACUGUAAAGGAGAGUGCCAUGGCCAUGAUGUACACAGUGGUGACUCCCAUGCUGAACCCAUUCAUCUACAGCCUGAGAAACAGAGAUAUGAAGAGGGCCCUAGUAAGAGUUAUCUACAGUAAGAAAAUCUCUCUGUAA